UCGACGAACAAACAAACAAACAAACCCACCACCACAUACCCCGUUUGUGACUCUCUUGUUGCGUCUCCUCUAUCUCUCCUCUCUCUCCCUCCUCUCUCUCCUUUUGAACACCUCCCCCCCCCCGCCUCUACCCACCAGCAUCUCACACGUUGCACCGGCGUGAGGCAUGCCGCGGGGCCGCAUGUUUCCUGCCGCCGUUGCGCGGGAACGCCGGCGAGAGAGCAACCGCAAGUCCCAACGCAACCGCAGGCAGAAGCAGAAGGAGCGCGAGGCGUUUAUGCAAACAACGCUGGACUCGCUUAAGGAGGAGAACGAGGGCCUGUCGUCGCGCGCAGAGCGCUUGGAACGGCAACAGCUCGGCUUGAAGCGCCGCAUCGCCCUCAUCCAGGACGCCCUGCUCAUGGCCUCCAACACAAGCACAAACACAAACACAACCACAAACACAACCACAACCACAAACACACACAACAACAACACAAACAGCGUCAGCAAUGAUGAUGUGGUGGCGCCCGAGAUUGGUGUGCAGCAGAGCAAACAACAGGAUUGCGCCAUGAACCUGGGCGAGGAUAUCCAAGACGCAAACACAAGCAGCGACAAGAACAACCACGCGUGUUCUGCGGAGGCCGACAGCCCCGCGUCUCAGGAGUCGUCGCCAUCGCCUCUGCUGGCGUCUCUGUCGUCCUUGUUUGGCCUCAACAACGACCAACAAGCACAAGGAGGCAUCAUGCAACAACAACAACAACAACAACAACAAGCACAAGCAGGCAUCAUGCAACAACAACAAACACAAGCACAACAAGGUCAGCCAUCAGCGUCGUCGCCGCUGGCUGCAUUGUCGUCGUUCCUGGCGACAGGCUCGUCCACAUCUGCGAUGUCCGGUUUGCAACCGGCGGGCCUGCCUGCCUUGACGACGAUUUUGCUGCUCUUGACGACCUGGGCGACCUUGGGUCCGAUGCAUGGCGGGGUCUUGAGCGGGGCCUCAGCAACACAGACCCUGCCUUCGACCUUUGCGAUGGACACGCUCUUCCACCUUCCCCCUUCUUCACAGCCUCAGCAAGCGACGAUGGCAACGACAGCAUGUGGCGGUGCACAACACCCGCUCCCCAGCAACAGCAACAGCCACAGUCACAGUCACAGCCAGGCGCCAGCGGGGCCAGCUUCAGCGACAACGCAUGCAGCGACAAGUGGUGGGUUGAAGCAGGCAACUGCGGCGGCGGCGACGACGACGCCCUCGUUGCCCUUCUCAAUGGAGGAGAUGACGGCUGUGGCGGAGACAUUAGCUCACCAAGCGACACAGGCUCCUCUCCUCGCCCCACAACAACCCCCAUCGCCGCAGACGGCCCAGAACUGUCAUGGCAGUGGUGGUGAUGAUGAGGAUGCUCACGGCCGUGUUGCUGAUGACAAUGACAUUGACGAUGACGAUGAUGUUGAGGAUGUUGAGGAUGCUGAGGGUGCAGCGGUGAUCGGCGAGAUGAAUGGAGAAGGUGCAGGGCAUGCACGGGAGGCAGCAGCAACAGCAGCAACAGCAGCAGAGGCGACGGCAUCCCAGCGCCAUCUGGCUGCAACAAACUUUGUGGUGCAGUCGUUGCUGACGGGCGUGCUGCGGCAGAUGACGCCACAUGUCCUGGCCCACGUGGUUCACGAGCAGCAGCAACAACAACAGCAGCAGCAACAGCAGCAACAAUCGUUGCCUGCUUCCUCUUCUGUUGCAGCGUUUUGAGAGCGCGACUUUGUGGGGAAGGGCGUGUUGUGGUUGAAACAUUUGUUUGUUGCCUGCGUGUGUGUGUGCGUUUGAAGUGUUGAAGGCAUGCGCUUGUUACUUUCUUCUUCUUCUUUUCCUUCCGCUUAAGCAGACGCAGGAACAGAGCGUGGUGUGCGAGAGUAGUGGUGGUGGUGUAUUUGGUUCUCAUGCUGGCAACGGCUUCUUUAAUGAAACGAAAUGAAAAGG